AUGUCGCGCGCGCGCUCGGCGCGACGCGCGCUGACGCUGACGCUGGACAUGUUCAAGCCCACGCGCGGGCGACCGACGCCGCUCGCGUUGGCGACGACGCUCGUCCGAGACGGCGUGAUCGAGCGACCGUCGUGGUACGACGCCGCCGUGCACGCGGCGUCGCCGUCGCCGCGACCGAUGAAGGCGAGAAAACCGAGAGAGAUUACGUUCGAGACGGAUGGGUUGAUUCGCGGGUUUUACAAACGCGACCCGUCGCGAGCGUUGGAACCGAUCGAUUGCGCGAGCGUGGACGGAGGGACGACGACGGCGAAGCGAUACGCGGAUAGACAGUUGGAAAUCAUGCGGGCGAGACGGAUGAACGAGCGUGAGGCGUCGGUGGUCGUGGACGCGGAGCGCGCGGAGGAGCUCGCGCGCUUCGCCGCGGCGGAGCGCCUGGGCGAGCCGCUGCGCGAAGACGAGCGCGUGUUGACGUCACCAGGGGAGGGGUCACACGGUGCGUACUCGAGUGAGAUCGAGCGCGUGCAGGCGGGGGAGGAGGAGACGUGGAGCGCGCGAUUGGAGCGCGCGAGACGAAACGUCGGCGAAGAAGAACUCGUCCCGCGGCGCGCCCCUCGCGCUCGACGCGGCGCCUGA